AUGGCUCUGCUGGCGGUGGUGCGCUCCCCGUCUCUCACUUUCCUCCAGACGGUAGUGUCCCUCCUGCUGUCGGCGGUGGCGCUCCUGUCAUCCUACUGGUGCGAGGGCAGGCAGAAGGUGCCCAAGCCGCUGUGCUCCCCGACCAAGCGCACCAACUGCAUCCCCAUGCCGGGGCACGAGGGCGACGUGCAGUUCUCCUGGGAGACGGGCGACGACCGCUUCAUCUUCCCCAGCUUCCACUCGGGCCUGUGGAUCAGCUGCGAGGAGAACAUCUACACCGACGAGUGGGAGGAGAAGUGCCGCAGCUUCAUGGCCCUCACUCCCCCGUCUGAGAAAGGGAUCCUGUGGCUGUGCGUCACCAUGGAGCUGAUGUACAUCGGCCUGCUGAGCACCAGCUGCGUGCUGCUGCUGGUGCAGCUGUGUAUGCGCACCUGGCUGCCCGACGCUCAGCGCUGGGGGCUGCUGCUCAACGCCUUCUCCGCCGUCUUCACCGUGUUAGCAGGGCUCUUGGGUAUGGUGGCUCAUAUGAUGUUCAUGCAGGUGUUCCAGGUGACUGCCUCUAUGGGGCCAGAGGACUUUAAACCACACAGCUACGGCUAUUCCUGGGCGUACUAUGUGGCUUGGGCUGCCUUCUCCCUUUGCAUGUCGUCAGGCGUCUCCACACUUAACAACUACACCAAAACCGUCCUGCUAGGAAAAUUCAAACACAAAGCAUGGACAUAUCCUUGUAAAAUCUCAGAAAUACCUCCCCAGCCACCUCCGGCCCCCUUCUACUGCCCUCCCCCUCCACCUAUACCUCCCCCAUCUCCACCUCCUCCACCUCUCUCCCCUUUAUCUCCUUAUUACAGUCCUCCAACUCCCCAACUCCCUGCUCAAACACCCCCUUCUCCUCCACCUCUCCCUCCUUCUAUGUCUCCCUAUUACUCCCCCUCAGUGUCCUCCUCACCUCCCUUUCUGCCUCGACCCAGUUAUAUACCACAUUACUCGGAAGAGGAUUCUAGUGGCCCACUCUGA